GAAAUUCUUCUCCGAUCAUUAUGGUAUAAGAACAUUUUACAAAGUGAAGAAACAUUGGAGGCUAGCCAGCCGGCACCGGAGUAGGUUUCUUGAGAUGGCUUAAAACCCCAGAAAUGGUGGUAAGGAAACCAUAAAAAAGUAAUGAAAAUGAAAGAAGAAAAAGGAGGAAGAAGUGGGUACAUUGGGCUAUGCACAGUAGGAGGAGUAUUGAGCGCCGGAACCACCCACGUCAUCGUCACCCCUCUUGAUGUUCUCAAAGUCAAUAUGCAGGUGAACCCUGUCAAGUACUAUAGCAUUACCUCAUGUCUAACUACUUUGCUAAGAGAACAAGGGCCUUCUGUGCUUUGGAGAGGGUGGGCUACCAAAUGUAUUGGUUAUGGGAUGCAAGGUGGUUGUAGGUUUGGUCUAUAUGAGUACUUCAAGAAGCUGUAUUCAAAUGUGCUCGCAGAUAGCAACAGGAGUCUGGUUUUCUUUGCUAGUAGUGCUUCUGCUGAGGUGAUUGCCAACGUUGUGCUUUGUCCUUUUGAAGCCAUCAAGGUCCAGGUGCAAGCACAGCCUACUUUUGGCAAAGGGUUGCGUGAUGGAUUCCCCAAGCUGUAUGCAUCAGAGGGCGUCUAUGGUUUUUACAGAGGGCUUGUUCCACUUUGGGGUCGAAACCUUCCAUUCUCUAUGGUGAUGUUCUCGACAUUUGAGCAUACUGUGGAUUUUUUAUAUUCUAAUGUUCUCAAUAAGAAAAAAGAAGAUUGUUCCAAAGCUAGGCAGCUCAGUAUAACAUGUAUAGCAGGAUAUACGGCUGGAGCAGUUGGUAGUCUUGUAUCAAAUCCAGCUGAUAACAUUGUUACUUCGAUGUACAACAAGAAGGCCGACACCAUUAGAUUGGCUGUAAAGAAAAUUGGACUUGCAAACUUAUUCACAAGAAGCCUUUCCAUAAGGAUAAUACUAGUAGGACCAGUAGUCACUUUGCAGUGGUUCUUCUAUGAUUGCAUAAAGGUCAUGAAUGGGCUACCGACUAGUGGAGAUAUUAGCUGCAAUAGAGAAUUGGAGACAACAUUAUGAAUUCAAGCCUUUGAAAUUCACUGAAGCUUUCAUUUGGCAUCAAAACAUGUUAGUUGCAAGAACUAGCUUACUUCCCACAGCCUUAACCAAACACCAUACUUCGAGUUCUGUUUACAUUAACAUUACACCCAUUCAUUUGCUGGAUUUUGUUUACCAGGUUUGAUAUCAUAACCUUGUGAUUCUUGUCUCUGUGUUAGUGCAUAGGUUGUACUCUGUAACAUCUAACAUGCCAUCCAGUUUUACAUUCCCGAAGUCAAACUGGACGGCAUAUUUGAUUCUGUGAUGAGAUCUAGUUAGAUGAGGUCGGAUGUGGAUUCCUGACUGGAUUGUAUCGCGUUUUUUGUUUAUCUCAAGGGUAAGACAUAAAAGCCAUGAAAACAGUGUUUUUUA